AUGCCAAAGGCUGAUUCACAAUCAUCUCAAGCCGACCCAAGAAAGGUAGAAAAAAUGCACCUACCACAGUCCACUAUUUUGCGCGAUGCAGCAAAUCUUGAGCGGGAGGCGCAAACCUUUGAGCCUCAAAUAGAAGGAAGUUUACACGUUAAUGACCAGCAGCGAUCUUACGAGCCGAAAGCUCUUUUUCCACAGCGCUUGAGGAAGGAAAAAUCAGACGACGUCAAUGCCAAAAUCCUUAAGACGUUUCGAAAGGUACAAGUUAAUAUUCCAUUGAUUGAUGCAAUUAAACAAGUGCCCAGAUAUGCUAAGUAUUUGAAAGAAUUAUGCACAUCUAAAAGGAAAUUAAUUGGAAAUGAGAAAAUUAGCUUAGGCGAAAAUGUAUAUGCAUUAUUUCAAAAGAAACUUCCUACUAAAUGUAAAGAUCCAGGAAUGUUUUCGAUACCUUGUAAGAUAGGAGACCUUAAACUUGAUAGAGCUAUGCUUGAUUUAGGAGCUUCUAUAAAUGUCAAUCCUAGGAGUAUCUACGAUAGGGUUCAAUUAGGUGCAUUAAAAGACACAGGACUGAUAAUUCAACUUGCAGAUAGGAGUAAUGCCUACCCUGAUGGCGUUUUAGAAGAUGUUCUAGUGCAAGUAAAUGAGUUAGUCUUUCCAGCUGAUUUUUAUGUUUUAGACAUGGGACCUAAUGAUAAUUCGAUUGAUGUGCCCUUACUCUUAGGAAGACCUUUUCUUAAGACAGUUAGAACGAAAAUUGAUGUGCAUAAAGGGAAUUUAACUAUGGAAUUUGAUGGUGAGAUAAUUAAAUUUAAUAUAUUUGAUGCUAUGAGAUAUCCCACUGAUGUUAAUUCUGUGUUUACUGUUGAUGUAAUUGAUAAUUUUGUUCAAGAUGUUUAUGAAUUAGGGGUUGAGGACGAGUUGAAAAGCGUUCUAGCUAAAGGCAUUUUCAAUAUUGAUGAGCAUGAAUUUAUCAUUUCUGAUUCUUUAAUUGACUCAAUUUGUGCAUUAGACUCGCCCAAAUUGACACGAUUCAAGCUGAUUCUCCCCAGCCUUACGGUGACUGUGUCAAAUGAUUUAACCGGAAUCCAAGAAUCCAAGCUGCUUAGAGUUCUUAAAGAGCAUAAAGAAGCCUUCGGUUGGACACUAGCUGAUAUUAGAGGGCUUAGUACGACUUUAUGCACUCACAAGAUAGCUUUAGAGCCAGAUUCAAUCCCUAAAAGAGACCCCCAACUCUGA